AAACAGAAGAAAAGAAAACAAACGAAACGAGCGAUGAGCACUCGAUCAACCCACUCGUGGUGCAGCAAGUAGCAGCAUGCAUGGUUUAUUAAUUUUUAUUAUUAUUUGCUGCAGAAUUUAAAUAAAAUAAUACUGCUUUUUGAAACAAAGUUCUACGACAGCCAGAAAAUGUCUCGACCUCCGGAAGACCCUGCAGCCGGCGACUACUGGUCGUAUAGCGGGCGAGACGUGCCCACCCACUCGUCAUACACCGUGCAAACGACGCAGCGAGUCGAGUUCUACCCUAAAAGCGGCACCUCGACCACCCCCGUCAGAGAAGCCGGUCGUCAGCAGUUCACCGAGGUUCACCACUACACAACGGUUAGCACUUCAUAUGGGGCGUACCCUCCACCACCCUUGCCCACCGACUUCUCCGCGCCGCCUCCAAGCUACCUGCCGCCUCUAAAUGUGCCACCUCCGCCAAUCUUGCCCAUUGCACCAGCAAUUCCGAAGGAUGGCAAGGGAGUGCUUGAACUGGAAGGCUACAAGGUCAGCGCCAAAAGGGCAGACAAAAUCAUGGAGCUGCUUUUAAACAAGGACACAACCUCCUCCCUCAGAUCGCCUCCAAGAGGGCACGUCUCUUAUAAUAAAUCAAGCAGGUCAAGUCAAGCAAGAAGACCAAGAAGUCGUAGUCCUGCAUCAAAAAGGGAAAGAAGAAGGAGCCCACGGAGGAAUCGAAGUCCACCUCGUCGCAGGAGCAGAAGUCCCAGAAAGAGAAGUCCAAGAGAUAGAAGAGGCUCACCCAGUCUAUCAAGGUCAAGGGAUGUGAGAUCUUUGAGUCGAUCAGAAAAAAGACCGCUUCCCAGUAGACCAAAGGAAAAGCCUGUUGGUCGAGUUCCUCCUAGACCUGCCGCUAGUCAAUCCAAGCCGGAAACCUCGAAGUCUAAUGAAGAUCUGCCCAAAGAACCCGGAGAGGAAAAGAAUGACGAGAGCUGUGCUAAGGAGAUGGCCAAAUAUUCUUAUGUGAGUUCCGCCCCUUUCGAAUUGUACUACAAGUACAACCGAGGAGUCUUUCAACCAACUCAACGUCAGCUGGACAUUUGCAAGCAGUUCGAGAAGGAACUAUUGUGUCGAGGACAGCAGGCCAGGGCGUCAAAGCCAACCUAUCCUCCUCUGGAUAGGAAACAGAAGCUACAUAUCCACAAAUGUUGCCAAGAAGAUGACUGUGAUAGUUCUGACAGCGACGACGGAAGUUCUGAAGAUGAGGGAGAAUGCAGUCUCAGGGAGUUGGAGCACAAAAAGAAACAUCCUGACCGACUGCACCCUGAGCUCUGGUUCAACGACCCUGGCGAGAUGAAUGAUGGGCCGCUCUGUCGCUGCAGCAUGAAAUCUCGCAAAUCUGGUAUUCGACAUGGAAUCUAUGCUGGAGAGGAGCCUCUGGCGUCCUGCAAUCCCGACUCAAACAAUGCUGAGCGGCUUUACCACUACCGCAUUACAAUUUCACCUCCCACAAAUUUUCUAACAAAACUUCCAACUGUGAUUAGUCAUGAUGGUCACGAGUAUUUGUUUGAGGGAUUUUCUCUGCUUUCCCACUACCCUCUGGGCAAUCUACCUGUCUGCAAAGUCAUCAGGUUUAAUUUCGAGUACACCAUUGUGUACAUUGAUGAGGAUUUGCCUUACAAUUUCACCAUGCGUGAACUGGACCUCUUCUAUCAAUAUUUGUUUGUUGAAAUUUUGGAACUCGUCGACUUCAAUCUCAAGGCUGCCAAUGACCCUGAUGGGUGUCCUCGCUUCCACUUCUUUCCUCGAUUUGUCCGAGAGCUGCCAGAAAAUGGUAUCUCUAUUUUGUGUAUGAGUGAAGUCCUGAAGUAUUUGUUGGAGCAAAACAAACCUCUCGUCCAAGAGGAAGACCUUCUUGAAUAUCUCAACAAGUCUCAAACUGAAUGGCUGAACAUUGCUGAUGAAGUGAAAGGAAUGAUCGUCUUAAACCCUGGAAUGAAGCCCAGCUCGGUUCGAGUUGACCAGUUGGAUAGAGAAAAAAUAAAGAAAGACUUCCUGACCUAUCCCGAGAUUGUUCACUUUGGCAUCAGACCACCUCAGUUGAGCUAUGCAGGAAAUGCAGAGUACAAUCGAGAAUGGCGCGAGUAUGUGAAGCUACGUCACUUGAUUGCAAACUCGCCGAAACCUUCGUCUGAGGAAAAGUACAAUCUGAAAGUUAAGGAGGAUAAACUACAAGAGAUGAGAAUGCUGAACAAAAUGAAAAGGGAUGUGACGGUUGCCAUUUCAUCGGAAGGCUUUAACCGAACAGGCAUCAUGGCUGACAUCGUCCAACAUGCCAUGGUCCUGCCUGUUCUAGUUUGUCACCUGCGCUUUCACAAAUCUGUCGACCAGCUGGAGAAAAUCAUCAACUACCAGUUCCAAAACCGCUACCUGCUGCAGCUGGCACUCACUCACCCGUCAUACAGAGAGAAUUUUGGCACAAAUCCUGACCAUGCAAGAAACUCUCUGACAAACUGCGGAAUACGGCAGCCAGAAUAUGGAGACCGCAGGAUCCAUUACCAGAACACUAGGAAACGAGGUAUAAAGACCUUGAUCAGUAUCAUGUCUCUGCCUGGAAAGAAAUCAGAAACCGAGUCAAAUAUCACACACAACGAACGUCUCGAGUUCCUCGGAGAUGCUGUUGUUGAAUUUGUGUCUUCCAUUCACUUGUUUUUCAUGUUCCCUGACCUGGAAGAAGGUGGCCUAGCCACCUACAGGGCUGCGAUUGUUCAAAACCAGCACCUUGCUCUUCUUGCCAAAACUCUACACCUUGAAGAAUUCAUGCUUUAUGCUCACGGGUCUGACCUUUGCCACGACCUCGAACUGCGCCAUGCCAUGGCCAAUUGCUUUGAAGCUCUCAUGGGCGCCCUGUACCUUGAUGGAGGCAUUGAUGUUGCUGAUCGAGUAUUCUCUGAGACGUUUUUUAAGGGUGACGGUGUAUUGGCGAGUGUGUGGAUCAACUAUCCUUUGCACCCUCUGCAACAAGAGGAGCCAAGUGGAGACAGACACUGGGUAGCAAAACACCCCACUCUACAGAAACUGGUCAAGUUUGAGGAGGAGCACCUUGGCAUUCCGUUUAACCACAUUCGCUUAUUAGCUCGUGCAUUCACAGACCGCAGCAUUGGAUACAACAAUAUUACUCUAGGAUCAAAUCAGCGUCUGGAAUUUUUAGGAGACACUGUUCUCCAACUGAUUGCUUCGAACUACCUAUACAAGCAUUUCCCAAACCACCACGAAGGGCAUCUCUCGCUCCUUCGAAGCUCUCUGGUCAAUAACAGGACACAGGCCAGAGUUUGUGAUGACAUUGGGCUGACUGAUUUUGCAAUUUACUCGAACCCUAAGUCUGAGCUGAAAACCAAAGAUAGAGCUGAUCUACUAGAGGCUUUGUUGGGCUCUCUUUAUGUUGACAAGGAUUUGGAUUACUGCACAACCUUCUGCAAUGUGUGUUUCUUCCCGAGACUUCGCCAGUUCAUUCUGAAUCAAGAUUGGAAUGACCCGAAGUCGAAACUGCAGCAGUGUUGUUUGACGUUGAGAACCAUGGACGGGAAAGAACCUGACAUACCUUACUACAAGGUGGUGCAGUGCAUUGGGCCUACCAACACUAGGGUGUACACUGUGGCUGUUUACUUCCGAAAUGAAAGACUGGCCACGGCCGUUGGCCACAGCAUUCAGCAGGCAGAGAUGAAUGCUGCCAAGGAAGCUCUGAUGAAAUACAAAUCAAUUUUCCCUCAAAUCAACCAUCAAAAGAUGGUGCUGCAGAGGACUAUAACCAAACGCAAACCGCGGCAAUACAGGGCCAAGGAAAUUGAGCAGGAGCAAGCUGAAAAGAGCGGCAACGAGGGGGAAACAAGUGCUGCAAACAAAAAGCGGCAACAGAAGAAGAAAAAGGCCUCGAAAGAAAAAGUUGAGGAGGAAAAGCCAGUUCCAUGCCCCACUCUGAGCUCCCUGCUGCAAUUUAGAAGCACCCCUGAAGAGAAGGUAUUGCCUCGGAACACUGACUUGGAUUUCUCUUUGAGUAGCAGUGACAAUGAUGAUGAAGAUAUUUUUCAACAAGCACCAGAGCAGAGUGCAGCAGACCUCUCUGAAGGAGAGUGUUCAAGUAGUGAUUAGCACAUUUCUAUUGAUUUCUGAACAUUACAAAUCUUAAUUUUAACUAGUGAUCAGAGCAAUUGUCUUAGGUAUUUUAUAAUUUCUGGAGUUUAAAAACAGAAUAGUGCAAUUUUAAUGUUUGAAAUGUACCGAUGCCCCAUCUUGCCAUUCACACGUAUUUUUUUAAUUCUGAUAAUGACUCGUUCCUCUCCACUAGGACAAGAUCUAAAUUUUGCAAUUUAACUAGAUAAUUUGAAAUUUUGGUUAUUUUUUCCUGAUGCAUAGCGAAAAAAUAAUAAAAAUUUAAAACUGCA